AUGUCUUCCUCUUCCUCCAGUAACGCCCCCAAGGACGACGACAUACCCUACUACAAACUUUUCCCAGACUUUUCCCAGCCUCCUGCUGAACCAAGCAAGACCGAAACAGCUUCACUCGAGGACGACGUCAAGAAGCUUGACGUAAAGGAGACCGACACACUAGAAGACCAGGUAGACGCUUACUGUCGCGAAUUCCUGUAUCUCGGUGGCCCAGAAGACUUUAUCGGAAGCGAAACCAAGGAAGACAACGAGUCACUCCUCCUCAAGAAAUAUGCCGGCAUCACCGACCAGGUUGCCAAGGACUCGUCUGAUUCAACCGCAUCUACGCACCCGAACCACGAUGUAGACACAGGCGCUACCUCUGGCGGCGGUGCAAGUGCCAUGGCUCACAAAGCCCACCCGGGCCCUGUCAUGGCAGACAAGAUGCCUGCCCCGGAGACCAAGGAAGACCUCAAGAAGAGGGCUGAGGAACUGAACAAAUAG